UUUGCAUUGGAAACAUGAGCAGUCAAACAUUACAAAACCAUUUCUUAAUUCCUCGGAAUCUCAGUCCAGGUUCGUUUCUGUUUAAAAUAAUCCGACCUAGUACUAACCCCAUAGCUCGUUGUCCAAAUGAACUAGAUACCCCCUUCUUAAAAUGAAAAAUACCAAGAAGAAACCCUCGUUUCGAUAAGUACUGCUAGUUUUUUAAUUAAGAAAUUAAAAAAAAAAAUGCUUUUAUAUCGUGGGGUGGUCUCAGGUCUGAUUAGUGGUUAGUUAUUUAAUAACUCGUCUUAUAAUAUUGAUUAAAAAUAUAGGAAUUCCAUGUUCCAAAGCAAGGCCCUUAAGCAAUCCAAGUCCUUUAAGUUGAGAGCAAUCACUGCUAAAUAUUUAGACGAUUUCACAAACCUGCCUAGCUCAUCAAGUAGAAACCAUGGAUUCCAAGAAGUCUAAUCAGAUCAGAGAAAUCGUUAGGCUUCAACAAAUCCUAAAGAAGUGGAGAAAGCUGGCAACCUCAUCCAACUCCGCCGCUGCCACCACCACCAACGGCAGCAGCAAAAGCAUUAAAUUCCUGAAAAGGACUCUCUCUUUGUCGGAGACAACCUCGAGCAAUGCCGUCCCAAAAGGCUACUUAGCCGUUUGCGUUGGAGAAGAGCUCAAGAGAUUCAUAAUCCCGACAGAAUAUUUGGGUCACCAUGCAUUUCACUCUUUAUUAAGAGAAGCAGAAGAAGAAUUUGGGUUUCAGCAGACGGGUGUUCUCAGAAUUCCUUGUGAAGUUGCAGUCUUUGAGAGUAUCUUGAAGCUGAUGGAAGCCAAGAAAGAUGUGUUUUUCAUGCAGGAAUGUGCAGGGUUGGGAUAUUGUUCAUCCAGAUCCCAGCAAACUCCAUCUCACAAUCCUCAAAGCCCCAUGUGCAGAUAGUUUUCCGUACAUUUUUGUCUUCUCCUUACCUCUCAUUUAUCACCUUUUAUUUUUCUUUUUUCCAGGACGUACGGGGCCAAUGUAUGAGAGAGUGAUAAUCAAGUUGUUUCCAAAUUGUAAAACAAAAGUAUCAACUUUGAUAGUCUGUUAUAUCAACCCUCAAUGAAAAUCUUUCUUUCCCCAUCCCGGAUUGUUCUGUUUCCCCUCCAGUAAAUGGAAUGGUAACUCCCUAUACUCCCUGUUGUACGCCAUUAACAACUCCAAGGAGAUCUAUGUAUAUAGAGGUAGUUUCAAAGACAAUCCACCACACACAGAGGUAAUAACACAAUCAAAGUAAUAAAAUGAGCUUUAAUUUAAGAAUGCACAUAUCCA